AUGUUCUUCUUGCGGCCCUCACCAGCUUUACCCUGGUGCAUUCUGCCCACAUGGAUCUUCAUGUGGUCGGACCGUGUGAACUUGCGCGAACAGAACUUGCAAACAUAUCUUUCGAGAUGCAAAUGGACACAGUUGAUGUGUCUGGAGAGCAAAGCCCUGUUUUUGAACUGUUUCCCGCAGUCCUCCAUCUCGCACACCAGCUUGCCUCCCAGAGGCAUAGAAGCACGGUGCGGCGAUUUUCCUGGAAUGCGGAGCGUGAUCUUGGACUUUUUCCUCUUGUGUUUUGGGUCGUCAUCUAGAUCAAGGGGCCCUGACUCGAGCUCCACAGGCGAAGCGUCCAGCGAUGGUGACCCGUGGAGGGAUUCAGAGCUCGAAGUCGCGUGGUACGACAUUGGUGUUUCCGGCGUGGACUCCAUAACAAACACGUCCGGAAAUGCGGAAUACGACGUGUCGAACUGGCCAAGGCCCAGCGGAGACGAUGGCACGGUCUCUGAAUAG